GGGGAGAUACUUAGUGACUGGCCGACAUGGAACGACACCGACUUGUUGUCAUGCGAUCAGAUACCGGACGACAUCCUUCUAGACGUCCCAUCCUGGCAAUCCUUUUUGCACAGUGACUAUAAUGCCGAGUUUCCAGUCCUCGGAAAUGCUCUGAUCAAUACACAAUCUUCUCAAAGUGCACAGGAGACGUCGCUUCCUGGUGGUGCACUUUCGCCGCCUAACGAGAUUUCACGCGAGGAUCAAACGCCAUUCGCUUGGGAUCCAGGUUCAGAAAGGAUCUCUUGUUUUGCUGAAAUUUCAUUCCAGACCAAUGACCCUCUGCUUUCAAAUCGUGAAACGGGGUUUGCACUGAGCCCUGAACGAUACCUGCAGUUCAGAAGAGUCCUUAGUGAGGAUGUCAUCAUCAACGGCACAGUCGCUGUCAACGCAAUCCCAAAGAUUCCUGCGAUAGAAGUUAUGAACGCCUUUCUCUCACAGUUUGCUCGGUUCUUCCUGCCUCAAGCCCCAGUGUUACAUCGGCCUACGUUUGACGUAAACAGCGAUCACCCAGACCACCUGUUGAUGAUCAUGAUUGCUAUCGGUGCCGUCUACUGCAGACGCAGGCAUGUAAGAAGAUUUGCCAUUGUACUGCAGGACUUUGCAAGAUGUCACCUUCAUCUGGCCAUUGGCGCGCGGGACGUCUUGUUACGAGAAUUGAGUACUAUAUACAGCUCAGCCUUGAUCUGCUACGCUGGAAUCUGGUGUGGCAACAAGCGUGCAUUCGAGAUCGCGGAAGCCCUCCGUGGCAGUGUUGUCUCAUGGACUCGUAGACUCCCAAAUCAGGAUAUAGCGACGGAAAGUUCUAGAAAUGGGUCCAGAGAUAUUUGGCUCAGUUGGGUGCGGCACGAGUCACUGAAAAGACUGCGAUGGACCGUGUACGUUUUUGACUGUCAAAUGUCCAGUCUGCUGAACACGACACCAUAUUUCAGCUUGAGCGAAGUCUUUACCUGGGCUUGUCCGUGCGACGACGAGUACUGGGUGGCUCAAUCUGCACGACGAUGCAAGCUUCUGCUUGGUGAUGCGAGGGUGCCACCAUCGAUAUCAUUUGCUGCAGCGAUGGGCCCGUUUCUCCUGCCUGCGUCACUCGUUCAGCCUCUGAAACAAUUAAAUAGCUUUAGUGCUUUCUUGAUUCUCUUGUCGGUCAACAUGAGAAUUCUCAAUUAUUCAGAAACUCGAGAUGUCCUGGCAAAGCUGUCGCAUAUGGCACUUGAUGACGACGAGCACAUGGCUGGUGUGGACCUUGAGUCGAGUCAUGAUGUCCAGGAACGAGAGAAACUUGCAACUUCACUUGCGCUUUGGAAACAUCAUUAUGNNAUAUCUCCUCAGACGUUGGUGCCCCCACCAGCUUCUUCUUUUCGAGAUGUUGGCCGCAUCAUGGUCGGACUCUCCCAACUCCAGAUGCACAUUUCGAUACAAGAUCUCCAAGAAAUUCUGGGUAAGUCGGGUCGGCCCGGCUUUGCUGAGGCCAAGUGCAGGUUGUCCAAGUGGUUUUCCAGGAACCCAGAAAUCACCCUUGAUCUUGUUAGCGCCUCCCUGAGAGCGGUCGAAUAUCACUGUGGAGUCUUCUCGGAUGAACAAACACUUUCGGCAUCUAGAAGCGAGGAUCUCAUCUGGUCUGCAUCGACAUCAUCACCCUACAGCUCGAUCUACGUCUUUCUAACGUAUGUCUUUCUCUAUGCUUGCGGGUCUGCAAUGUCGUCGCCACAGCAAAAAGAGCGUUUGAUCGCUUCGUUACUGGCAGAUGGAACAUGUGACACCCGCAACGUAAACCUUGAGCCAAUUCUUGCUGUCUUCUGUUCAGACAAGACCGGUAGAUUCGACACUGAGAUUCUCAGAAGUGCUGCACAGACGCUUGGAAGAUUUGGGAACUGGGGGUGUUCAACAAAUCUGGCACUAUUGUUAAGCUGGAGAUCUAGACUAAAU